AUGCAAAGCCAUACUCUUCAACAAGCCAGAGAGACCAAUAUAUGGUAUCCAUUUGACGGGCUGGGUGAAUGGUCACUUGCAAAGUUUCUUGUCGAGAACCUUUCCCAGAUGCAGAUCGACAAAUUCCUCAAGUUGGAUUGGACAAGAGAGCGACCGCAAUUCAAGUCAAAGGAUGAGUUAUUCUUCUUCAUGCAGCAGCUUCCUGGCUGUGGGCCAAAAUGGCAGUGUAUGAAGUUAAAGCUCAAGGGCUACGAAAGUGAACAGCUGAUUCACCUUAUUUGGAGGGAUGGGUUAGAGGUUAUGAAGCAGCUUUUUGCAAACCCUGUCUAUGCGAAUCAUAUGUGCUACGACCCUCACUAUAUCUAUCAAGGACAAGAGCGCCAAUUUGGAGAAUUCUGGACAUCAAAUGAUGCAUGGGCGAUUCAGGAUCAACUACCUGAAGGCGCAACUAUUGUUCCGAUCAUUGCUGCCUCUGACAAAACCCCAGUUACAAGACAGACAGGUAGCAUUGAGAUGCACCCACUAUUUCUAACUAUCGGAAAUAUCCAGGCCGACGUCCGCAUGAAGGCAACAUUGCAUGCAUGGCGAUGUACUGCGUUCAUGCCAACACCGACUUUCAUUGUCGGCUCUGAAUUUCAAAGUCUACUCUGGGCGCGUCUGUGGCACAAGUGCAUGGAUCUUGUAUGCUCUAAUUUGAAGGUCGCAGCUCAUGUUGGCGAGUAUAUGUCGCUUUGUGACCGCAUUGACCCAUGGGAUCUUAUUGUAUUCUCUAGAGAGGCCAAAAAGCUUCACCUCAGUGGGGUGCACUUGCCGUACUGGAGAAACUGGAGGUUUAGUAAUCCUGCUAAAUUCCUGACGCCGGAAAUUCUGCAUGCACUGCACAAGUUCUUUUUCAAUCACAUUCUCAAAUGGAUUAAACAGAUCAUGGGUCAUGAACUCAAUGUACGGUUCAAGAGUCACCACAAGCACACUGGUGUGCGCCAUUUUUCUAGGGAUGUCUCUCAUGUCAACCAAAUGACUGGACGAGAGCACCGAGACAUCCAGUGCACGAUCGUGCCAACGCUGUGGGGUGUUGCAGGGCCUGAUUUCAUCCGCGCUGUGUGGGCAAUGAUUGAUUUUAUCUACCUUGCUCAGAAUCCCCUCCACACUGAAUCCAGUAUCGCCUCCAUGACUCAAGCACUUCAGGACUUCCACAAUCAUAAGCAGGCUAUCCUCGAUGCAGAGGCGCAAUGGGGAAAGAGCGGUGCUAAAGACGACUUCUUCAUUCCUAAACUGGAACUCAUGCAAAGUUUUACUCGGGCAAUUUGCAAUGUCGGUUCACUCCUACAGUGGACAGCAGACGUAUCGGAACGUCUCUUAAUAACUCACUGUAAAUAUCCAUUUGAAUGCACAAGUCGUCAGAGAGACUUUGUCUUGCAGAUCGCUCACAUUCUCGAUCGGGAGGAGACUAUCCGACUGUUCGAUCUUUACACAUUGUUAUCCUCGUCUACCUCUACUCCUGGUCAGGAUCCACUCAUCAACACUGUCGUCAUGGAGGAUAAUGAGGUCGCUAGUACAGAGACGGAUCCCACUCUUGCUUGGGUCUCCAAUGUGAACCCAGUCGCCCAGCUACAUCUACAAGGUCCGCGCCCUGUUCGCAAUCAUUUCUUGAAGGGUAUCUUGUCGGACAACACACGGGUUGCCUUCAACGUGACCGUGAAAGUAGAUCACAGCCGCCUUGAUGCAUCUCAACUGCAGUCAUUAUACAAUGUCCCUGAUUUUUCGCAUGCUUUUCACCUCUAUGUGACCCGCAAUAGUUACACGCCCCCUGGCCAGCUAUCAUUCAACGCAUGGUCGAAAUUUUGGAUCCAGUUACAUUCCACAUUCAACACUUGCAGAAUCAUGCCGAGCCAACAAAUCCACGCUGAGCUACCUUCUAGUGAUUUCCCUGGAGGGAACUGCGACAUUGUGCUAUUUAAUCAGAGGGUUGAUGGUGUUAGUACCGGCGGCGCAUCUGGGUCCUGUGUUGCUCAAGUGCGAGCCAUAUUCCAGCUAACCCUCCCCAGAGGUUCCCGCGUGCAAGUCCCUGAGUGCUUAUCUCAAGUGCUCUUAUAUAUCCAGCACUUUGACUUUAUCGUGCCUGGCCCCGAGCCAUCCACAGGCAUGUGGAUGGUCAAACAAUCGUAUACUCGACACCCCUCACAGUCAGAGAGGGUGAUCAGACGUGGAUCCAUAAUUCCUCUCACAGAUGUUACGCAUGCAGUGGAGAUUAUACCUGUCUAUCGAGGACCAUUGGGUAAGGACGUGAAUUCUGGGAAGUCACUGGAGGUGUUCGACGACUAUUUCUUGAAUAAUUUUGCAGACAAAGAACUGUACCACUCGCUAUCAGUGAUCUCCGAAACCUAG